UGGCACAGGGGCGGGCGCAGGCACUUCCUGGAGACGGAGCCCGGCAUUGGGGGAUUCCGGUAACCGGCGCGGCGCCGCCAGCUCGCUGGAGGGGAUCGGUCGCGCCCAGACCGGGCGAGAGCCGAGGGGCCUCGUGCAGGAUGAACGUGGGGGUGGCGCACAGCGAGGGGAACCCCAACACGCGCGUGAUGAACAGCCGCGGCAUCUGGCUGGCCUACGGGAUCCUGGUGGGCGUCCUCCACAUCGUCCUCCUCAGCAUCCCCUUCUUCAGCAUCCCCGUGGUGUGGACCCUCACCAACGUCAUCCACAACCUGGCCAUGUACUGGCUGCUGCACACCGUGAAGGGGACCCCGUUCGAGACGCCGGACCAGGGCAAGGCCCGUCUCCUCACCCACUGGGAGCAGAUCGAUUACGGCACCCAGUGCACCUCUUCCCGCAAGUUCCUCAGCAUCUCGCCAGUAGUCCUUUACCUCCUCACCAGCUUCUACACCAAAUACGACCCUGCGCACUUCAUCAUUAACACAGCCUCGCUGCUCAGUGUCUUGCUCCCCAAGCUGCCUCAGUUCCACGGGGUGCGCAUCUUUGGCAUCAACAAGUACUGAGACCCAGCCUAACUUCCACAUUGCCGCUGCGGGGAGGGAGCAGGACCAUGUGGACAUCUGGAGCAGCGUGCACUCCGCAGGGAGCAGACGAGGCCAGCGAGGGAGCAGGACUGCCUAGUGCCUGCAGCGCUGCUGUUUGUUGGGGGAAGUUCCUCUCUGAGCCCAAGGCAGCCAAGCUGUCUGAAGCGAGCAGAGUGUGUAAGCUGCGUCUGCACGGCCCCUCUGAGCCAGCUGAACUUCCCAGAGCCACAGGCUGAGGGGAGAACUGCCCAGCUGGUGGAACAGCCACGUUGCCUUGCCCCCCUCCCCCCCUUUUCUAUGUUCCUGCCAUAAUAAAGCCAUUCAGGACACUA